AACAAAUAAUGAAACUAUCAAUGAGACCCGUACGGCCAUGCACAUUUAAACAACCUUCAACCCCAUCCCCAAAACCAACACAUUACUCCUGUGCCUACACCCUCACUCAACCACCUAAGCUCAACAACAACGACAAGAAGCUGGUCCACCACAAAACUCAACCAUUAAAGCACUGGGAACGCUUACUCGAUCCCAUUGAUCACAACACUACCAAUAAUUCCAACACUUUUCCUUACCAUUUCAUGCCCACAAAAAGUGUCAAACUCGGCAAGAAAUGGAAGGAGUACCAAGGUAUUCGAAACUGGGACGGCUUGCUCGACCCGCUCGACGAUAAUUUACGCAGCGAAAUCCUCAGGUACGGCCAGUUCGUCGAGGCUGCGUACAAGUCCUUCGAUUUCGACCCUUCUUCGCCUUCCUACGCGACCUGCUUGUUCCCCAAAAGCUCAUUGCUCGAAAAGUCAGGCUUAGCACAAACUGGUUACCGUCUGACCAAGAAUCUACGUGCAACCUCGGGUAUUCAGCUCCCACGUUGGAUCGAAAAGGCACCCAGUUGGGCUGUCACAAAGUCGAGCUGGAUUGGCUACGUUGCGGUGUGUCAAGACAAGGAAGAAAUCGCUAGGCUCGGUCGAAGAGACGUGGUGAUUGCGUUUCGAGGCACAGCCACUUGCUUGGAAUGGCUCGAGAAUCUCCGAGCCACAUUGACCCAAGUGGGUCCCAACCACAACAACCACAGCAACAACAACAACGAUGGACCCAUGGUCGAGAGUGGGUUCCUCAGUCUUUACACUUCGGGGACCAAGUGCUCGACCAGCUUGCAAACCAUGGUACGUGAAGAAAUCUCGAGGCUUCUCCAAUCGUACGGUGAUGAGCCACUUAGCUUGACGAUCACGGGACACAGCCUCGGUGCGGCCCUGGCUACGCUCGCGGCGUACGAUAUCAAAACCGCUUUCAAACGCGCACCGCUAGUUACUGUGAUCUCGUUUGGUGGGCCACGUGUCGGCAAUCGGAGCUUUCGACAUGUCCUAGAAAAACAAGGGACCAAGAUCCUACGCAUCGUGAACUCCGAUGACCUAAUAACCAAAGUACCCGGUUUUGUCAUCGACAAAAGUAAUGAAAACGACAACGACGACCACGACGACGUGUCGUGCAACAGAGAUGUACAACUGGCUGGGUUGAUACCCAGCUGGAUAGAAAAGCGAGUGGAGGACACGCAGUGGGUUUACGCAGAGGUUGGGAGAGAGCUAAGACUUAGUAGUAGGGACUCUCCGUACCUCAACGGCUUCAACGUCGCCACUUGUCACGAGCUCAAGACAUACCUACACUUGGUGGACGGCUUUGUGAGCUCCACAUGUCCCUUUAGAGCCUCUGCUAGAAUGCUCAUUGAUAAUUAUCGUAGACAAAAGAGCCAAGGCUGGAAAACACAAACUCUAAAACCUUGA